AUUACCUUUAGUAGGAUAUUUAUUCCUUUUACUCAUAUCAUUCUCUGUCAUGUUUGAUUGCAUUUCUUCUGUUAAUGGAUCUUCAACCUUUCUCAUUCUCAUCAUCAUCAUCCUCUCCGUUCCAAAAUGUGAUUCUAGUUCUUCCUGCGGCCAUAUUCACAAUAUCAGCUUCCCAUUCCAAUUGAUCAAGAACAAGCCUCAUCACAAACAUUGCUUGGACGAAUUUUUCUCACUCUCCUGCGAGAAUAACCAGACAUACAUCUCUUUAUCCUCCGGAAAAUACCACGUUCGGUCCAUUAACUACGCCAACCAUUCCAUCCGUCUAUCCCCUGUCGGCAUAGAUCAUAACACUCACUGUUCCACUUUCCUUAACUACUCUCUACACCGCCAAAAACUCGGAUUGUUCGAUCUUUUUGGCUUUUAUUACUUCAAAGACAAAUGGCCCACAAUGGUAAGCUUCUUGACCUGUGAAAUUCCUGUCAAAUCUGGAAUACCCACCUACGUAAACGUUUCCGAUUCGUGUACUUCUUUGUCGAAAUCCGAUAGAUUUGUCUAUGCUCUUCUGGGUAAUAAUAAUACAACAUUGGGGGAAAUUGAGGAUUCUUGUUCGGUGAAAAGCGUUGAUCUUUUUACUUCUUAUAGUGAAUUAGCUACAAUUAAAAGUAAUAUUUCCUACAAAGAUAUACACAAAGCUUUGGCCUUUGGCUUUGAUGUUUCUUGGCGAUUUUACCUUUGUAUGGUUUGUAAGAAAAGGGCUUCGUGCUUGGGAGUCGCUAAAAGCCUUUGCCAGGAAUCUUGUGCUUUGGAUAGAUUGAUCAUUGGUUUGGGAAGCGUUGGAUAUGCUGGUUUAUUGGUGAUUAUCAUAGUUGUAUGGUUCCUUUUAAGAAUUUGUUGCAUGCCAUGCAUCUUCGGCUUUCUGAUCUACACAUUCAAGAGGAGACAUUUGUCGUCCUUCCAAAUUAUCGAAGGCUUCUUGAAGGGUCAGAACAAUUUGAUUCCAAUAAGGUACUCCUAUUGGGAGAUUAAGAAGAUGACUAAAAGAUUUCAAUACAAGUUAGGGGAAGGAGGAUUCGGUUCUGUAUACAAAGGAACUCUUCGUAGUGGAUCUAUAGUGGCUAUAAAGAUGUUGAACAAAGCUAAAUCGGAUGGGCAAGACUUUAUGAAUGAAGUCUCUACCCUAGGAAGGAUUCAUCAUGUUAACGUGGUUCGACUUAUUGGAUAUUGUGCAGAAAGCUCUAAACGCGCUCUAGUUUAUGACUUCAUGCCCAACGGGUCUCUUGAGAAGUACAUAUUCUCCAAAGAAAUGGAAACACCAUUGACUAAUGACCAAAUUUUCAGGAUUUCCCUUGGAGUGGCUCGCGGAAUUGAGUACUUGCAUCGAGGCUGUGAUAUGCAAAUCUUGCAUUUUGACAUCAAGCCUCAUAACAUUCUUCUUGAUGAGGAUUUUACUCCAAAGGUUUCUGAUUUUGGGCUUGCAAAACUUUAUCCCGCACAAGACAAUAUUGUGACUCUAACUGCAGCACGAGGAACCAUGGGCUACAUUGCCCCAGAACUAUUCUAUAGAAAUAUUGGAGGGAUUUCCUAUAAAUCAGAUGUUUAUAGUUUUGGGAUGAUGCUGAUGGAAAUGGCCAGUAAUAGAAAGAACUGGAGUUCUUCUGUCAGUCACUCGAGUCAAAUUUAUUACCCUUCUUGGAUUUACAAACAAUUAAGUGAUGGAACAGAUGUUGAAUUGGGAAACAUGACUAAUGAGGAGGCAAAGAUUGUGCGAAAGAUGAUGCUGGUGGCUUUAUGGUGCAUUCAAAUGAAACCUAGCGAUCGACCUCCCAUGCAUAGGGUUGUGGAGAUGCUUGAAGGUGAUAUAGAGCUUAUCGAAAUUCCUCCAAAACCAUUUUUGUUUGGUGAAAAUAUGGAAUUAGAGAAUAAUAAUAUCCUUAAUCUGUCUGGUGCUGGCGUGGAUGCUAUUACUAUGGAAUUCAGUGCUCGUUAAUGUUUCUUACAUAAGAUAAAAUUACUUAAUUACAUGUAAUUUGUGAUGAUAAAUGUUUCUUACAUAAAACAAAAUAUUGCUUGCA